AUGAAUGUCGUUAUUAAACUAAACAAAUGUCCAUGCAGGUUUUCUAGGCAGGUUAUACUCUGAACAAUAAGAAGUAAAGUGGAGAUGGGAGUUUAACACGUGCCACAUGCUGUUUAUUAGGGGAACGUUACUUGGUUCGCCCUUUGCCUGGCGGUAUAAUAAAUGUCUGGGAGAAUUGUGCAUGUGUAAUAACUGCUUCUCUGCUCACAGUAAUAUCAGGUCUUUUCCUUUGAUUUACAGAAAUGGGUGAGAAAUGGAGCCCUGUCUUCUUUAUCUCUCUCUGUCUGGCUGGUCUUGGUGUUGCUGAUCCCAUUGGUAAGGAGUUUGCGUUGGUCUUCAUGCAAAACUUCCUUCCUAAAACCAACAUGCCCCAUCUCGAAGUCUUCCUAACUGGCUUCUUCUCUGAAACUCAAGUCAAAAUCUGGCUUCCAAAUGGAAGCUUUCAGAAAGUCAUCUCCCUAACAUCAGCUUCUAAUGCAGAGGUGGAACUACCAGCAGCUGUUGAGAUCCUUCAAUGUUCAAGGUCAAACAUGACCAUCCGUAUCUCCUCCAGCAAGGAUAUUUCUGUAUCGGCAGUAAAUGAGAAGCCGUCUUCCACCAGCAUCUUCCUUGUUUACCCAGUUACGGACUGGGGAUCUGAAUAAUAUAUGGUCACACCUGACCGUGGGCCUGAAAAUACAUUUCCUGAGAUAGCAAUCGUAAAUGGCCCCAUUAUGAAUCAUAUAAAGGUUGAGCUUGAGGGAUACGUGCAGUUUGAGGAUAUGAUGUACAACAGUCCUGGAGAGCAACUUGGUAUACUACUUGGCCCAUGGGAAUCUGUACAGCUUCAAAGCAAUGAGAGUUUAUCAGGGACCCAUUUAGUGGCACAGGAGCAUGUCGGAGUCUUCUUGGGUCACAGUUGUGCUCAAGAAUUGAUCCAUUGCAACCACGUAUGCCUACAACUCCAUCCGGUGACUUCAUGUGGGUUUAAUUUUGUGGUUCCACCAGUUGCAUGUAACACAACCUCCAACAUGCUCUAUAUAAUGACAGCCUCCCCAACUGUGCUAGAAAUAAGAAAUAGUAGCUUCCUCCUCACUAAGAACCUGCUUCCUGGGUAUGUGGAAAAGCUUUCAAUGGACUGGUUUGCAUCAGUGGAAAUAUCGAGCACUGCUCAGAUAAUGGUCUCCUUAUAUGGAUAUGGUGGGUCUAAUGACUCCACCGGCUUGGGUGUGUUUCUGAUCAAUGUCAUGUCUGCUGAAGAUUUUUGUACUGCCUACUACCUGUUUUCAAUGCCUGGCUACAGUAGCAUUGUAAUGUUGUUAUUGUGACAUGGCAGCACAACAGGGCUACAGUAUAAUAAUGAGGACUUGCCACAUAUCAACUGGUCUCCAUAUCAUCUCCAUGGCACCGACAUGCUCUGGGGCCUAAUGUCUCUAAAUACAACUGGAUGCAAUAUAAUUUCUCAUCCUGAUAUGGCGUUUGGUCUGUACACUAUUGGCAGGAAAGAAAUGAGUGCAUUUGGAGUACCAGGAAUAUGUCUGGCAAAAGUGCUCCAAUCAUGCAAGGAUGAGGACUGUGAGGAUGACCUCUGCCCACUAGUACAAGAGUCCACUUGCUAUACUGAGUACCAAACCUGCAUGGUCUGGGGCAGUACAUAUUAUCGCAUAUUCAGUGGCCAUCAUACAUUCCAGCCUGCAGAAGAUUGCACAAGUUUGCUGGUUGCCUACCCUGGGAUGAAAGGAGAACAGUGGCCCUUUAGUGUGGAAAGGUCCCCAAAAGAAGAAUUCUCUUUGAGGUUACAAACUUAUGGAGAGACAGUGGAGGUGGCGGAGGACUUAUCUGGCAGAAUUAAGCUGAACGGAGAACUGAUGUACACGCCAGCAACUUUGUUUCAUGGGCAUCUAAGAAUUAAACAUGCGUUAUCCACUGUGAUAUACUUUACAUUGGGGCUUCGUGUGACCGUAGGAGUGUAUGGCCUUCUUCAUCUUCAGCUCCACAACCGUUAUUCUACCAAAGUGUUUGGUGCAUGCGCUGAACCGGAUUCCCAGAAGCUGUUAAACGAACAUAGCUGGAUUUCAAGUGCUAUUGAAGAACUCUGUGACCUUGCUGGUCCCAUUACAUCAAAGGAAUGUGGAAGAGGGAACAUCUCUGAUGUAUCUCAAAACUGUUACGUGAUCAUGCGAUAUUUCAGGCUUGCCAUAAAAAGUUAUGUCCCAAACCCUCAAUCUGACAAAAUGGCAGACCAUCGCGAAAUGUGGUGGAUGGACACUUGAUGAGUCUUCCCUUUGUACUAAAUGGCAAAUCUUCCAAAGUGGCCUGAAUGCCAUCAUCCUACAGACUUACAUUGGACUGGUUGUUUCGUUUGAUAGCAGCAGUGGCUUCCUGGUGGUGAGAGUUCCGGUCUCCUAUGCCAAUGAACUGUACAGGGUGUGUCCUGCACCAUCGGACAUUGUCCCUGAAGUUCAAUCUUGUGGUAGUUCUUGCGUAGGAGUCUGCAUGGAUUGUGGUGGUGUGGAGAAGGAACUCUAUCAGUCAUUUAACAGCUGUGGCAUAAUAAAAGAUUUGCAGGGACCUUUCCGUGACUGCUGUCUACAUAUCAACACUGAAAGCUACUUCCAAAACUGUCUCUUGAAUAUGUGCCGGAACAAUGGAAGUCAAGCCACCCUAUGCCAAUCUCUUAGCACUUUUGUGGCCGCAUGCCAAGAAGCAGGGGGAAUUGUCGACUCAUGGAGAACCGAAGAGUUUUGUAGUAAGGAGGAACAUCUUAAUUGCCUCUUGGACUUUCAUGGUCUUAAGGACCAUGUGCAGCCUUAUAACUUUAUAGAAUGUUUUUUUGAUGAUAUCUAGAGUGGGGGCACCUUUGUGACUAAGGAGGGGGCACAACCUGGGAUUUCGAAUUAGGCAAAAAUGACCACUCUAUAUGAUGUGUUUUAUUUGUUCCCAUGGUUGUGGUAGCUUCCUUCAAUUAACAGAGCUCUAUAAUCUAUUACAAAUGCAUUCUAAAAGCUUUAAGCAAAAUAUUUCUAAAGAAUUUAGCAAUUUUAAAGAAAACAAAAAGUUUUUAUUAACUUAUUCCUCUUUCAGAGCCUUCCUUCCCUGUCAAUGCUCAAUAUGAGUUGUGUGUAUCCAGUUGCCCUGAAACUUGUAACCGCUCAUUACCACUUCCUUGUCCUCUACCUUGUAAGGAAGGCUGUUCCUGUAACACAGGCUAUACCCAGAGUGGUGACAUCUGUGUCCUCCCUGAAGACUGUGGUUGUAUCUUUCAUGGCCAGUACUUGAAACCAGGAGCGGUCAUGCUUACAGAUGACUGCUCGGAGCAAUGCACGUGCCUGAGCGGCACAAUGGUGUGCAAGGAAUACUCUUGUGACUCUAGUCAACUGUGCCAGGUGAAUCAGGGUGUUGGUGGCUGUUCCACCCCAAAGUCCCCUAUCUGCUAGGUGUCUAAUAAUCUCCAUUACCAUUCUUUUGACGGCACCACAUUUGAUGGAAAUGUAAACUGCUCGUACAUCAUGGCGAAGGUUUGCAAGAUGGAUAACCUGACCACUGAAUUUGAGUUGCACGUAAGGGGAGACCUUGACGAUACCUUUAGAAUGUACAAACUAAAGGAGAUUCUGUUGAAUGUGUAUGGGUACACGCUAAGCUUUUCCACUGAGGCCCAGGGCAUACUGGUUAAUGGCAUUACCCAAUACAACCCGAUUGACUUGGAGAAUGGUAAAAUUAUGUCCAUCAGUCAGAUCUCUUCGGUCCUCAUCAGUACAGACUUCGGCCUUUUUGUGACACUCAGUUCCUCGCUGCUUUCUAUUCAAAUCCCAUCAAAUUACUCUGGGAAAAUGUGUGGCCUUUGUGGUAAGGCUAAACUAAAUGGCAAAGAUGAUGGCCAGGAUAUGAAUGGCACACUCUCCAGAUGGCUCUCCCACCCAGAACAAGGAAUGUGCGAUACACCGGUUCAGGUUUUCAGCAACGACUUUCCAUGUGAAAUUGCCGAAUUAAGCGAUGCAGCAAAGUAUUGUGUGGUUCUUGUGGAUCCAGAGGGUCCAUUUAGGUCCUAUCAAGAAUCUUUCUCCAGAAGAAUUUUAUGAAAAAUGCAUGAUUUUUAUUAUGGGAGGUGGAUUUAAUGCAUACAUUUGUUCUACCAUUGAAGGAUAUGUGGUGAUCUGCCAACUUACUGGUUCUACCAUCUAUCCAUGGAAGAAUGAGUCCUUCUGUCCUGCCAAGUGUCAAGCAAACAGUAACUAUAGACUCUGUAAGGAUCCCUGUAGUGCAACAUGUGAUUCUUUAAGAACCAUGCCUUGUGAGAGGAGUUACACAGAGGGCUGUCAAUGUGACGGUGGGUUUUAUGAUGAGUGGGGUAGGUGUGUACCCAUUGAAGCCUGUGGCUGCUAUGAGCAGGACCUCUAUUAUCCGCAAGGAUAUGUGGGCAUUGAUGAAGACUGCCAGCAGACUUGUUCCUGCCCUCGGUUUAACCAGUGGCAAUGUGAGCCCUUUUCCUGCCCGUCUGAGACCAUUUGUGAGAUGUUGGGACGGAGUCCAUGACUGCCAUCCAAAAG